AUGCAGUUUUGUGGAAUUAAGAUGAACGUGGACACAAAGUUUGGUGGAUGCGGAUCUUGUCUGCAUAAAUCGUUUCACAUGUUCAAGAGAUUAAUCUAUGAGCAUAUAAUGUAUUGGGCAAAACUGUUCGGGACUCAUAGGUGCCGCUGCGACAUGAAAAUGAAAUUGUGGCGUUCCAGUAGAACAAUUCUAAUCUAUGCAUACUCUAUAUAUAUGCAUAGGUUUAGAAUGGUACAGAACUACAGAUCAUACCAUAAAGACAGUGCAAAAAUCCACUGCGAUGCGUACGGUGUAGUUGUGUGGUUUUUGAACAAAGUUACGUGCAUUAUCAUCAUGUUCCUAUCAUCUGCUGAGCAUAUAAAGAACCGGAUAGGACAAGAAGAAAAGGCCACCGUUUAUUAUGAAAAGCAAAACGCACUCAACUCUCAGUUUCGAUAUGUUUCUAAGAAUGGUAUCAUCACAGGCACAGCUACUCAUUCCGACUUAUAA